ACGUCGCCGAAGAAGAAGCCGAAGAGGGGCUACGCGCCUCCCGAGACGUAUGCCCACCUCGCCGCGCUGAACGACUACCUCGCGCCGGGCUUGGAUGUCGUAUUCUGUGGCAUAAACCCGGGAUACAUGUCUGCAGAAAGGGGCCACCACUUCUGCAACCCGACCAACCACUUCUACCGCUGCCUGCACGCGUCGGGUUUCACGCCGACCCGGAUUCCGCCUACGGAAGAUCACACGCUCCCCGAGCGGUUCAAUCUCGGCCUAACCAACCUCGUCGAGCGCCCCUCGACCGAGGCAGGUGAGCUCUCCCCCGCCGAAAUGGCCGCGUCAGUGCCCGCGCUCCUCACAAAGAUCGCCCACGUGCGCCCACGCAUCGUGUGCUUCGUCGGGAUGGGCAUCGCGCGCGUAGUCCUGAGCGCGCUCCGCGGGCAGGCAUUCGCGACAGCCGCUUCGCCCGACGUCGGCCUGCAGCCCUUCAAGCUCGUAUACCACCCUCCGCCCUCCGAGACCCUCUUCUUCGUGUCUCCCAGCACUUCGGGGCGUGUGACGCGUUUUCAGGCGACGGACAAGGAGAAGAUAUUUAGGGACCUCAAGGAUACGCUUGAGAAGCUGAAGACUGGUGCGUUGGACACGAGCCGGAUGGCGGUCAUCGAUAUC